CAAACAUUUGUCAUAAUUAAUGAGUCAUUUCAAGUAAAUUUUCUUGGUGGAUUUUUUAUUUGUACAUUAAUUAUAAACAAGUUCUAGACCAAUAAUAUAUAUAAAGUGAAGGUGUGCCGUCUCAAAUUCGACUUCAAGAAUGUCCGUUUGCAACAGUAAAGGACCAAUAAGGCGAGUAGUUUUUCUCUUUCUGGCGUGUCUCUCCGUCUACAUCUAUCUCUUCACCAGCACAUUUGGUGGCAUCAAGUCGUCUGCUGUAUUUAAAGUCGUCGAUGUAAACCUUCAGGCCGUAUCACAAGACAAGAUCGUAUCCACUACCGAGGUAGUUAACAUCCAUAGCAACGUGGAUAAAGAAGUAGUUAACAUCCAUAGCAACGUGGACAAAGAACAAUUCCAAAAGUAUAGAACAAGGAUUUCAAAAAAAGAGAGUGUACCAUUGUUGACGUUAUUCAUCACGUGGAAUUACAAUCUUGAAAAAGACCUAGUCCAUAAUAUAACAGUGUUCAAUUGGAUGUCCCUUAAUCCUUUUGUGAUACCGGUAGUGUUUACUAAUGACAGUGACGUUUCUGCAGAUUGUUCUAGAAACGGGUGGAAGGUCUUGCCCGUCUUGGUCACGGCUGCUGAAGGUGUUCCAGUUCUGAAAUACAUGUACAGAGAUGUGAUGGAGAAAUACAACACCACCUUCUAUGCCUACACCAAUGCGGACAUCCUCUUCACUGACACUCUACUAGACAGCCUUGUCCAGAUCAUCACAAAUAUCUCUCUAGAUCUCACUCAGCCUGCAUUAAUAGUUGGGAAAAGAACCAACGUUAAAAACUUAACAUCAGAUGAAGGAAGUACUUGGUAUAAUAUAACUAAGACUGCAAAAGAUAGGGGCACAUUGUAUACUAUUUGGGCAGUAGACUAUUUUAUUACGACUAGAUCGUUUCCAUGGCAUGACAUAGCCGAGGUUGUAAUUGGAAGGCGAGCUUAUGAUAAUUGGUUAGUUUUUCAUUCCCGAAAAAUGAAUUAUUCUGUGAUAGAUAUUACAAGCACAGUGUUAGCUGUUCAUCAAACGACAAAAGCAGGAAAUAAGGAAGGUCAUAGUCAUAAAAACAGUGACUACAAUCAUAAUUUGUUAAUAAAAAUGUACAAAAUGGUGAAGUACCACGUUGGUGUUAUCGCAUGUAUAGAGAAAUAUACAAAAUAUGAAUAUGGUAAUUUUAGUAUAAAAACGCGUGAUUACCGGAAAAGUUGUGAGGCCAGUUGAAGUCAAAUGCAGCAGAAACCUCAAGUUAAAUUUAAAUAUGAAAGAACCUGCUUAUUACGAAGCAGUAAAAUUUGCAGUCGCAAUGUGAUUUAUACGAGUAUAUAUAUAUAUAUAUGAGUAGUAUAGUGAAAUGCCAACCCGUAGAAGCAAGUGUAACAGCAUACAUUAGCUAACUAAUCAUGAGGUAAUGUGAGCAAAUGUUCUACUUGCAUGGCUGUAUUUUGGUUGGGGAUUAGACCCAAUUAACAAAAUGCCUUGUUUGUAUACAUUGCAUGUAUAUUCAGCUUAAAUAUGUAAUGGUGAUUGUUUAUGUGUAUGGAUGCUACUAAUGUUGAGGGUUUUGCCAGUGGUGUCGCAUCACAGUACGUUUGCCCAAAAGUUUGAGGCCUUGACUUGGAGAAAGCCAUUUCACUAUUGUGCUUAGAAAAAUAAUUAUAAUCAAAUAUAAAAAAUAUGGUCUAAUGUCGACUGUUGACCAGAUGUACAGAUUGCGUAAUACAAGUUAUUCGACUCAGAUUAUUAAUGAUUAUAAACCAUGAUGCCCUUUUUAAGUUGUACAUUUUAUUUCUUUAUGUUUAAAGCUUGUAGGUACUGUUUUAUUUUUCUAAAUUCUUCUCAUUGCCACUUAGGAUUAAAUAAUUAGAGAAAAAAAUGAGUAUAUAACUAUGAUAGAGUCUCAUAUAAUGUCUGAUAAAUUCGCGAGGUCAGCAAGAUGCUUUAUUAAAAAGAAAUGUAUGGGAAAUACCAAUGAAAUUUCAAACUGGUCCACUGACUUACUAUAUGCUAAUGAGGCAGAUAAGUGGGCGGAGCAUAGCAUCAAUGUUGUUUACUGUAAUGAAAAAUGCAGAUAGAUAGUCGCUCAUGUUUUUGUAAAAUGCACCUCUAAAUGCUGGAACCCUUCAGCAAAAGUUGAUAUAUGCUGAAAUAUAUCAGGGGCGGCACCAGGAUUUGACGUUUGAGGGGGCGUAACUUAGAGGCGUAACCUUUUGAUUUGCGCCUUUUCCUUAGAACCGAAAUUGAAUCAGUGUUGGCAGAGGGGUUUAGGGCUACCCCCUCCCCCCUAGAAAGUUUUAACAAUUUCUAGCCUGAAAUGGUGCAUUCUGGGCGUAUUUUAUUACUUUCUUCUCCUAUAUUGAAAUAAUGUGUAAACUUGGACAAUUUUCACUACCGGAUCCGGGGUGGGGGCGCGCCCACCCUCCCUGGAUUCGCUAGUGAAUAUCGUUUUUAAAGACCACAGUUAAUUAGCCCCAACAGGUUUGUUGUUGCGCGAUUUGUUGAUUGACAUUUUUCGACGUAUUAUCAAUAUGACAAUGUAUCAUCUUAAAAAAACGAAAGACAUCGUGGUCUAGUGGAUCAGGUGUUGUCUUUCGAAACCUCUUGACUUUACCGGUAUGGGUUCGCACCCAACUACAACCAAAACAUGUUUAUACUAUAACUGUAUUUUUUUCUGCAAUUUCGAUGUCAAAGAGUAAAAUAAUGAUGAAAUAAGUGUGUUCAAAUGCAUUACCGGGAAAACUAUUUAAACCAAACACUUCUUAGUUGAAAAAUGAAAAUCAUUAGUAUAUUAAGCAACAUUGAAUUUUAGGCAUUCAGAGAGUCACGUGAUAUACAAAUUUCGUAUUGACGUUGUGCGCGCUAAUUUAAGAUUUGGUUUCGUUUUUUUUUGCAUUUUUUAAUUGCGAUAAAUGCCUUUUUUAAUCAAUUUAAGUGUUAAAAUUGGUCAAAAAUUUAAGAGAAGUCAUUUGGGUAUGCAUAAAAAUACAUAAGUUUACAUCAAUAAAACAUUAUGAGACUUUAAGGAACCCCAUAUACACUUUUAUACACCAAUUAUAUUUAGCGUUAGCAGAAAAUUGUCUCUUUUUAAUCAUUUCAAGCGUUAUUGUCCACAAUCGUUAUAUAACUAACGCUUGGAUCGACGGCUAUUAAGAUCAGCCUAGAAAGUUGUUACUCAAUGGACUUUACAAACGAUAAAAUUGUUUUAGACCGUCAGAUGCAAAGCGGACAGGAUUUAGAAAGCCACCUUUCAGAUUUGCGACGCGUGCCUGACACGGCAAGGUUUACCGUAUAUCAUUAAACACCACCACCUGCGUAUUAACGGAACUACUUUCAUAAAUAUGGGGGUCAAAUGUGUGCUUAUGCUAUUUCAAGUAUUUUCAUGGCAAAACAUCGCUUGUUAUUUACAGAAUAGUUGGACUUGUGAAGUUAUUAUUUUAACUCAGGAAUAUAAAGAUAAAAUCACAUUUACAUACGAUGAGAAAUGACUUUCCAACCACAAGUAGCUACGCCAUUUUGUUGCAGGAAUUUACUUUUCAUGAACGGUUGUGCUGUUAACAAAUAGAGCAACCUGAAAUGCAAUAAUCUUUUUUUUGAUUCCUAUGAAAUUUGUUCAGUAGCAAUCGAGCAUUUAUUACUUUUGUAGCACUUAUUCUGUCCAAAUUGCCAGUAUCAGAGCGGGUCAAUAUAAAUAAUCAUAAUCGUGGUUCCUUGACCCAAAUAUACAUUUUUAUUUUCAUUUCAAGAAAUACUAGUUAACAGUUUAAUAACAGUCUUAAUGCUUUGAUUUAAAUAUUUAUUUUUAAAUUUAUUCCGGAGAAUAGCUCUUAAAAUCAUAUAUUGUAUAAUGCAGUAAAAUGGUACUUAGAUUAUAGUUUUACAUUUAUUUUUGCUUGUAAAUAGACAUUGCCUGAUUUAUUUUAUUGUCAAAUCGAUCAGUUUUUAAUAUGUUCACAUGCAUUGUUUGUAAGUAUAAGUUUUGUAUAGAAAUGUAUAUAUUUUAAAAAAUAAAGUUACUAAUUAUUGAA